AUGUCUUCAACGGCUUCUGCCAGAUUCUGGCAAACAGACCUGACUCGCGAAUGCUUCUUGUCUAUCCUCCCCAAGGAUGAUCUUGGCUCUCUGAGACUUGUUUGCAAGGAGUACUCCAAAGACAUUGCCCCUGUCUUGUUCAAAACCCUUCACGUCCACUUUACCGCCAAUACCUUUACGCGCAGAGCGCGAAUGUCGGCAUUGGAGAGGAUUGGUGGCUAUGUUCGGAAACUCUCGUUCGUGAUGCCUCAUCAGCCCGAGACAUUCCUCCCACCACUCUUGGUGCCGGACACCUUGGAAGAAGUUACUUUUAUCUAUGAGCCUCAUUUAUUCCCGUCAAGACCAACGUCGUCUGGCAGCUCGUCGACUUCCGGCUCGAAUUCCAAAUACGGAUCCUGGGAAAUGAGUGACUUACUGGUCAAACAAUACCCCCCCUUGUUCCAUGCCGCAACCAAUGUCGAAUCUUUCUCCCGCGCGGUAUGCGCCAUGCCGAACUUACGGCAUCUGCAAGUCUCGUGUCCAGGUCAACCGGCAGGACAGAGAUACCGAAAGGAUAUUGUUGACUACGCCUUGAUCUCCCUCCGCAUUGCCAUGGAAGCUGCGAAUCCCACUCAACUCGAGAUGCUAACCCUGGCACCUGUGCAUCCCGGAACGGUACUCUACCUGCGGCCACACUUGACCUUUGGCUCUUCGCCAGCCUCGUCACGAGUCUGGAGACGGAUCAAAAGGCUCGACAUGGAAAUGGACAGCUUCGAGUAUGGCCGUGAUCAGCCAGCAGACCAUCUCAAAAUCCUUCACAGCUACCUGCAAGCUUUGAAAUCCCUUGAGCAUUUUAAUUUCAGGUGGCUUGGACAUAAGGGGCCUUGCCCAUUGGCACUCCAUAUCGAGCCCUGUACUUCGCGACCCACUUCCCUCCCCUGUCCGAAUGCCUGUCCAAACUCGAGUUCCAAGUCAUCCUUCCGGCCUCUGAAAUUCCGCCAUCUGAAAACGAUGCAUCUCAGCAAUGCUAGUCUUGACGCUGACCAGGCAGCGGGCUUCAUCAUGUCACACCGCAAAGUCCUGCAUGAAUUUCGGUUUGAUCAAUGCCAUUUGAGGUCGGGAACAUGGGAUGAUGCAUUGGCUCCAUUGACUCGCAUCGCAGGCGAUGACCGCUGGAAGGAGAAACAGGAAGAAGUCAUGGAUGUUCCCUUGGUGUUGUCGCCAACAGACGAGAAGAUGGAGAUCGAAUGCCUGCGGGAACCCCUGUGGGAUGAUGUUCUGUCCAAGAACAAGAGGAUGGAGAUGCUUCGCAAGAUGAGUCUGAGAACGAGAGACCUCGUGCCAGAGCAGGUCAAACGUUUAUUGAGGACAACAAGACUCGCCUGGCGUUGA